GUCUUAGAGCGAUUGUCCCAUAUCCUGAAAUCAAAACACAGUUCCAGGCUUGUCGCGAUAACUUGGUCAUCUGUGCCAUACAAUCAGACGUGAAACCACGGACCCUCCGCCGAAAAUCCAUUUCCAGACCGAGCAACGAAAUUGAGAAAAACGACCCCAAAAGAAAAAGAGAAUCCCUAUAACAUACCUCUCCGACGAUUCAAGACUCAUAUAAACACAACAUUUCAAAAUGAGCUACUUCCGCGUCACCCUUGUUCGCUCCGCCAUCGGUCUCCCCCGGAGGACAACAGACGUCCUAAAGGCUCUGGGCCUCAAGAAGCGCAUGGCGACUGUGUUCCACCCCGUGUCUCCGUCAGUCGCCGGUCAGAUCAUGAAAGUCAAGGAGCUGGUCGAUGUCCGUGAGGUCGAUAGACGGCUAACAAAACAAGAAGUCCAUUUUGAGCGGAAGCCGGAUCCAGGAUACUACAUCGAACAGACAUCGGGUGCUGAGUGGAAGGCGAAGAGGAAUCAAUAGAUGUUGGUAUUCUAUAUUGAUACUCUGCUUUUACUUUAUUUUCACUCUUCGCUCGGAAGGCUCAUCUGGGGUACGGUAACGCUGGCUUCUAUGGUCAACGCACCAUGAUGCCUGUAAAGCUGGAAGAGUCAGUUCCGAAAUUGCUUGGAACCUUUUGCGUUGAAAUAUUUUCUGUAUCUGCUUGCAUGGAGCGGUCUUAUUUCUUACAUUUUCAGUCUUUGUUCGACAUGACUUACUGUACUAUACAUACUUUGCUACUGUGUUAUAUUAGGGCACUCGAAAUCUAUGUGAUCUUGAGAAUAUCGAUGUGAUAUUACUCGGAACUCUUAA